UUGUGCCAAUACACUGAGUUAAGUUAUUCGAAGUUGCACUCGGGAGAAGGAAUAGAAGGAAUACGGACAUGCAAGUUCCGACCAGAAUGUCUCCUCGUGAUCUGUUAUACUGAAGACUGUGCAGUUAAACGCAUACGGAUCUCAGCAAUCGUUCAAGAUGGACAGGUCAUUUUUACAGUCUGUAAAUACCACUGUAGCGUAACGUGCAACAGUACACGCCUCUGUGGAGCUGAUUUAAACUAACAAAAGGCGUCUAUUUAAAUGCCUCAGUGACAAUUGAAAGUUUAACAAUGGAUUUAAUCUUGAGUGUUCAAAGGAAGGCAGCGACAACACACAUGUAAUAUGUCAAACGUAGAACGAUGGAGUGCCUAUGUUUGAGUAUAUGUUGAUAUUCUAUUGAGCCUUGUGUUGGAAUGUUUGACUUCUGAUCAGUCAAUGGGAGAAGCAAUCGGAACAGUGUCACCUCGCAUAAUGGUGGGCUUUUAAAGUAAGUGACCUUCUGAUAUCAUAUCAUGCAUAUUAUUAAUCAAAACACGGUAGGAGAUGGGAGAGGUUAUCUACAACCGCCUUCUAAUCACCACGAGAAGACUCAUUUCCGGUCCUCCUCGACCGACUCCAAUUGGAAGGAUCUUUUUAGUUCCCAUUCCCGACUUCCAGGCGUAUCCUGUGGAGUUUCAGAAGAUGAGGAUGAUGGAGGUGUUCAAGACAUGCAGCAAGCGUUUGUUUCGGAGGAAGCCUUAGCGUAUGGACAUGAAUGCGACGCAGAGGGCUGCAGACGUAUCACAAUCAACGUCAGUGGACUCAAGUUUGAAACCCAACUCCGUACUCUCAAUAGGCUACCACACACAUUACUUGGUGACCCUACAAAACGGAAGAAAUACUGGGACUCAAAACGGGAAGAAUUUUUCUUUGAUCGCCAUCGACCUAGCUUCCCAGCUAUCCUGUAUUUCUAUCAGAGCGGAGGUAGACUGAAACGUCCUAUGGAGGUUCCUUCCGAUAUAUUCCUCAGCGAAAUGCAGUUUUUUGAACUUGGUAAAUCUGUCUUGAAAACGUAUAAAGUAGAGGAAGGAUAUAUAGUUAGUAACACUGAAGCUCCUGAGUUGCCAGAACAACCGUUUCAGCGGAAGGUAUGGGAGCUAUUCGAGUACCCUGACAGCUCCGUGCCAGCCAGAGUCUUAGCCAUCUUGUCAGUAAUUGUUAUUCUAGUAUCGGUAACCACCUUCUGUGUAGAAACACUGCCGGACUUUCAUGGCACGGAGUGCAUCACUGUCAUGGCGAAUAGUUCAGACAACAGCAGCAGUGUGGUGGUAGCGAAGAUACCAAACUACGAGCAUCCGUUGUUUUUAAUAGAAGCAGUUUGCAUAUGUUGGUUCUCAAUAGAACUUGUGUGUCGUCUGCUCUCGAGCCCUUCUAAGAAACGCUUCCUUAAAGACUUAGUAAAUUGGAUAGAUUUUGCAUCAAUAAUGCCAUUCUUUUUGUCAAUGGGUCUGUAUCUGAUCUCCCACGAAUGCGGUCAGUCUAAGAGUGGUUUCCUGUCGGUGCUGCGAGUACUGAGGGUGUCACGGAUACUCAAACUCAGCAAGCACUCGGUCGGACUCCAGAUACUCGGAAAGACAAUGCAGACUAGUAUUAGUGAGCUGGUCAUGUUUGCUUUGUUUCUCGGUAUCGGGAUAAUCAUAUCUUCCGGUGCGAUGUUCUAUGCGGAACUGCCUCAGCCGAAUUCGCAGUUUAAAAGCAUCCCUGAUGCUUUCUGGUGGUCUAUUGUAUCCAUGACGACGGUCGGAUAUGGAGACAUGUAUCCAUGUGGAGCCUUUGGUAAAAUAGUUGGAAGCAUGACAGUUAUAAGUGGAAUUUUGUCUAUAGCUCUACCAGUUCCGGUGAUAGUGGCAAAUUUCAAUACUUUCUACAGACAGUCGCAAACAAGGAGUGGCUGAUAUGUGUUUUAUUUUUUAGAGUUAACGACUCGUUACAAUAAUAGAAAAUAAAACAGUCCAAUUUAUUAUGUGAGAAAUAUUUAAAUGUGUGCCUGUGAGAGAAAACACUUCUGUACAGCACAUGCUACUGGCUGUAACAAUACUUGACGCUGAUUGGUUCUCCGAACCACGUUUGUUUCUGCUUUUGUGGUUUCCAUGUUAAGAACCAUUUACGGUUUGCAUUUCAACAGGUGUAUUUCAUGAUUUAUGUAUUACAUAUUUGAUUUAGAAUAAAAACAUGAUAUUAUUAUUA